AAAAAUCAUUAUACUCGGUUAAUAUAAUCUAGAGCGUGACUGUUAAAGCUAUCACCCGUGUAUAGAAGGAGUGGUUUUGUCUUAUUUAAGAUUAUACGUCGCUUGUCUUGACAAUAUAGUUCAUAUGACAAAUCGACUCUGUAAUCCGGAAGAUUUGUGUGGUUUUGUAAAAAUAUCUGGACAAAUAUCGAGUUUGUGUUCAUUUUGAUCACCGGAUAAACCGAUCAAUUUUAAAUUAAUUUUCCAGCAAAGCGUUCCGUUUGUGGGUUAUAGUAUAACAGUUUUAUAGGGAAAACUAAGUAAAGAAAAUACAAGGAAAUAGAGUGUUACGUAUUAAACAACUACAAGAUGAGGAUUCCGGGGCAGGACUCGUCGGAAGUGAAUAUCGUAACUAAAUAUGUGUUGUUCUUCCUCAACCUUUCAAUAUUUAUCGUUGCGCUCGCGGUUGUGGCGUUGAUGACGUAUGUGCUGGUGGUGAAGGAAAAGAAGGUGGAAGAAGCAUAUGACUUCUUUCUGGAUCCUUCCUGCAUCCUUUGCCUGUUUGGCUGUGUCGCCCUCCUCGCCUCACUAGUCGGAUGGUGGGGGCCCUUCCGGGAGAAUGUGGGCGUCCUCAGAGCAUACGUGUGGAUGAUGACUAUCUUGUUUUUCUUACAAAUUGCGUUCGUUAUAAUCAUCUUCGUGGCGGUGUACUCGCCGGAAGCUCAGAAGGCAUUGCACUUGUACCCGGACGAUGCGCUUAACAAGGCGGUAGUUCAAUACUGGGACGACGAUGAUCUACGGGACCUCGUGAACUACUUCCAGGAAACGUUUGCCUGUUGUGGUACGAGCGACACUGAUGAGGGUUAUAAGGACUGGGCAAAGAACGAGUAUUACAACUGCAGUGUUUCCGAAUUACAGAAAAAAUCUAACCCACUCUUCUGCUCCGUGCCAUAUUCCUGUUGUUUUCCAAAUGAGGGCGGGCUAAAAGACUUCGCCUGUGGCCUAAACAUGCAGAGCGAUGAUAUUGACCCAACCGUACGAGCAAAGACUAUAUACACCAAAGGAUGUUUCAAAAGUAUCGCCGACAUCAUGCGGGACAACGUGCUGGUAGUGGGGGCUGUGCUCAUCGGAAUCUUUAUUCCCCAGUUGAUCAUGACAUGGAUGGCUCGGACACUCAUUGGUCAGAUCAGUGUCCAGCGACAAAAGUGGAACCAACGACCUCGGUAACCGUCAGUCCUUGAUGCGCAUGCGCAGUGGCCAUGAUCGUUUUACAUAUCUCGGAACACUUCGGUGAAUUCCGUAAUGCUUGAGACGGUCAUGCAACGAUUGUUAUACAAUGUACAUAGACAAAUUUGGUCAUAAAUAUGCGGUCUUAUUGUUAGAUUCAUUUAGGUACAUACUUGUGUUACCUUUCUUUAUAUACCUUAAAGAGAGACAUCCAAUGAGUAUGUGCAAGUAUAAUAACCUUUCCGUAUAAGUAUUGACCUGACUGACAUUUGCUCCUUUUACUGGAAUCAUAUGUACCUUGUUCAAGGACAUGCUUUACACAGGCAUCUGAAUCAUUGUUUGUCGUAUAUCAAAGACAUUAAAUAUCUUCAGAUGUGUUGUUUAUCUCAUUGUAUAUACCCAAAAUGGUUUUAAACAACAUAUUUGUGACAAACAAUGAUUCAGAUGCCUGUGAUACUUUACAUGUGCUCAAAUGUUCAACGUUGCUGCCAUACAGCUCAAACACAACCGUACAUCAUUUGUAUUCCUGGUUUUGUUCUACUGUUCUUGUUAACACGUCUUCGCCGUCUACAUUUGUUUAUCACAUUGUUUAAAUGUUACUAAUAAAAUAUAGAAAUGUU